AGUACCAACCACCAAAUCCUUUGUCACUUGUUCUAGAGAAAGUCGGUGUCUAUGCGUCAUAAUUAGUUAACCUUUUCCUGUGAUUUCUCCGUGACAUAAAAAUGAGCUGUUUUUGCAAUCCCUGAAUGCCGCCGCAUUGCCUCCUCUGCUUCCAGGAUUUGAAGACGUUGCGGUCGCAGCUGUACUCAGCAGCAGAGUAUUUCGAGUCCACUUACACCAACGACGAUCAGAAAGAGAUAGUGGUGAACACCUUGAAGGAUUAUGCAGUAAAGGCUCUCGUCAACACCGUAGAUCAUCUGGGAUCCAUAUCAUUCAAGGUCAACGGUCUUCUCCACCGCAAGUUUGAUGAGGUCUCUGAGACGGAGCUUCGGGUUUCUUGCAUUGAGCGGAGAAUUCGGACGUGUCAGGAGCAUACGGAUCGACAAGGCCUUUCUCAACAGUCUCUAGUGAUCACAGCCCCCAAGUUCUACAAGCGAUACACUUUACCCGUUGGCGGAUCCAUGCCCGAGUCUGGAAGCCAGGCUGUGCCGAAGCAUCAAGAGUUGGAUAGAUUUCAGGAUAGUGCCGAAGCUCAUCAGUUUCAGGCUGAAAUUCGACAAAAAACAAAAGACAAACCACCUUCAUUCAGGAAGCUGCGAUCUAUUCGAAUUAAACACUCCCAACAUGCUCGUUCCUCAUCACCAGCUCAAAAAGUUCGUUCUCAGUCACCGUCGUCACAACCUGCAAAAGUUGCAGGUGGAGAUAAAAGAGCAGACUCACCAAUCCCGACCUCGAAUCAAGUCACACAUUCAGGAUCGAUCGUUAGAAAACCUUCAUUGCUCAAAUCAUCGAGCGUCGGAGUGCAGUAUCCUUCGGAGACCCAGAAGUUGGCAUCAAUGCGCUUACAUGCGGAAAGA